AUGCCCUGUUGUAAGCGUACCGAUGUCCGGAGGGUGUGCCGGCCGAUGCCGUCGCUCCUUGCCCGGCUCAACUGUACGCCGUGCAACCGCGUCCUGUUCUUCGUGAUCGGGGUGGGACUGGGCGUGCUCUUCGUGCGCAACAAGGACAACAAGGGCAAGGACCAGAAGAAGGUCGAUGGCAAGGGCAAGAAGUAACGACAAUCCAUCUCGGCCAGUGGGAUUUCAUCCUAUCCAAUCUGAUCGAUAUUGCAACUUCUGGAACACCUUCAAUCAAGUGGCCAAAGCGACCAAGACAAAUGCCAUUCGAUAAGUUUGUCCGCCGAAGUAUCAAUGAACAUGAAAUUUCUGUCGAUAAAUUUAUCUAUAGAGCAAUUUGUCAAUCGAACAACUACCCACCAUAUAAUAGACGGAUUUCUUCGAUUGA